AUGGCUACCUUCACGUACAAUAUCACCUCCCCUGGACCUGCCGACGGUUCUCCCUCGCCUCAGCUAAACACAGUGCACCUCCUGGAAGCGUACACUCCUGAUCCUUGGUCGGACGAAAAGCCCCAGCACCUCCAUCCAAUGCCCAUGCCCAUGCUCGUGCCCCUCUUCUCUGCGUCUGGCGACCUCUCUAAGGAUGCAGCAAGUGAGGUAUUUGCUGAUUUUUCUGACCCACGCCUGGGCGAGGAACGCCACAUCCAAGCCGACCGAUCAGAGCAAGUUAUCCCCCUGGUGUCCGACCGUUGGGAAGGCGAUGCGUGGGGGGAGACGCUGCAUAAUCAGGAAUGCAUUAUCUUGCCCCUUUCUCAGGUGAAGAUUCUGAAGCUGGUGUAUAAGCGAGACGGGGAUGAGAUGUACCAGAUUGUAGGGCGGAUAGAUGUACAAGAAACACGCGGAUAUGGCACACAAGGAAAGCCGUGGAAGUGCUUGGGCUCUGCUGAAGACCCAAUCAUCAUCGAUGGGCCAAUGAGUCCCAACCUGCUUAGCGACUCCGAUCCGUUUGUCGCCAUUCCAUCCCUUCAACGAAAUAUAGAGAGGGUUCCCGGGGGUUACAAGGUCGAUGUCGAACGCGAAUCAUGGCAAAAGCUUUCUACUGCUGAGACGGCCGGAGACUGCUGGUUUAGGGAGACUGCUGGCUUACGGAGACUGCUGGCUUGGGGAGACUGUUGGCGGAAGAGUGCUGGCUUAGGGGGAAGCGAUGCUAAGUUCUGGUGCACUCAGUGCGACAGAAAUGUCCUGGGACAAAAAGAGGCGUGCAACAAAAUCAGCAGUGCGACAGAAAUGUCCUAG